AUGAGCGAGGCGACCGUGGUCGCUGUCGCCGCCGCUGCAGCAGCCUCCGCGCGCGCCGCCGCCGCCGCCACUCGCUCCGCGGCCGCACAGAGCAGCAGCAGGAGCAGCAGGAGCGGCGGCGCCAUGAAGGUGAAGAAGGGCAGCGGCGCCGGAGGAGGAGGCGCGCCCGGGGCCGGCGCUGGCGGAGGAGCCGCCGCCGCCGCCGCCGCUUGCACCGAGGAGGAGCUGCUGCGCAAAGCCGCCAUCAGCCCCGAGGACGUGCUGGGGCUCCCCAAGAUCACCUCCGGUAAGGCGGCCCCGCAGGCCCGGACCCCCCUGCACCUCUCCAAGCGCCGUGCGCCCUGGGCGCAGCGCCAAAGCGCAACCCCUCCGGACGCAACGACGCCAGGCCCCUUGCCCGCAAAGACCAGUCUUUUUGAAAGAUAUAUAUAGUGGGGGUGGAGGGGGUCCCUGAAUAUUCAGCCCCCCGAUCUUCCACACCCCACCCCCUUCCACUCGAUCCCUCUAGGGGCCGCAAGGGGUGUCUCUGCUGCACCUCAUUGGUCCUCCCUGGCAAAGUCUGCUGGGGGGGGGCUGUCUUCUGUCUCCCCCCGCGCUUUUCCUACAGGGUAGUCUUUUCCGCGGGAGGGAGAAAGUUGAAUGGAGGAAAGGAAGCAAAUAAAGUAGAAUAAAUGCUGCUGUUCGUCUAUUAUUAUUUCAUUCCUGUUGGGUUAUUAACAUCCCAAGAGUGUCGUUAUUUUGACUUUUUGCAAGUCUAGAUGGUUAUUUAUGCUCCUUGUGGAUAAUUUUUUGUUUUUUUAAAUCUUUUUUGGCAAACCACAAUGGAAUAAAGUAUUGCUCCAGAGCCCCCUCCUGUGGUUGUUUACUCAGAAGUAGCCCCAUGGGGCUCGCUUCCCCUAGGGCCUAGGUGACCCAAGACCCAAGCAGUCCAUGGCAGGUUGCGUAACCAGACAUGUGAGUGCAUGUCAGAAGCAGGCAUGACACGAGUGUUGCUGUCGCCUCUCAGUUUGCAUCUGUGUUCUUCCAGGGGGCUUAUGGCCUGCUAUGGCUGGCUGGAGUUCUGGUGGGCCCCUGAUGCUCAGAGGCUCCUGGCACCUGGAUUCUGCCUGUGUCUGGCUUCCGCCCAUCUGUGGAAUCUCUCCCGCAAGGAUCGACUUGCCAGGAUACCUCCCUUCCAUUGGAGAGAAGCGGAAAGGUGUCCCCACAUUGAGUUUUCAAAGUUAGCGUGUGAAUAGUUGGAGGAGAUGAUAAGGCUUUUAAUGUUUAGGGACUGGUAACUUGAAGUAGUUGUGCUUGAUUUCCACCUCCUCCCUCCUCCUCCCUUUUUCCUCUUGUGCCAUGUCUUUUUAGAUGGUGAGCCUUAGUGCUGACUUUUUGGGAGCCACUUUCGAGAACGUUUUGGGCGAAAGGCACAAAUGCUGUCAAGAAAAGGGAGGUUUGCACGUCUCCAAGCUCUGUCACUUCCUGGAGUGUGCAAAAGCAAAUGGGCUCUGUGAAGGUCUAGUCAGUGCAUGGGUAGGCAACCUAAGGCCUGGGGGCCGGAUGCGGCCCAAUCGCCUUCAAAAUCCGGCCCCUGGAUGAUCAGCGUGUUUUUACAUGAGUAGAAUGUGUCCUUUUAUUUAAAAUGCAUCUCUGGGUUAUUUGUGGGGCAUAAGAAUUCGUUCUUUUUUUUUUUCUUUUCCAAAAUAUAGUCUGGCCCCCCACAAGGUCUGAGGGACACUGGACCGGCCCCCUGCUGAAAAAGUUUGCUGACCCCUAGUCUAGUGUGUCCUUUGAGAGCUUGUCCAGGGCAGGUGUGCUUUUGACCUGCGUGGUUGCAGCUUUGUGGCUUUCCGCCCUCAGACAAGGCUCUGGCAGGGAGAGGAAUAGCUCCGGUUUGGGAGCAGGGCUCUAAAGUUUCGGUCUCCAAUGGCAUCUCCAGGUGGGACUGGGAAUGUCCCUCCUGCCUGAAACCCCGGAGAGCCACUGCUGCCUGCCGGUUAGCCUAGACCAGAGCUUUCCAAACUGUGUCGCGACAUGUUUGUGUGUCAUGCAAACGCUGCUGACGCUCCUCUCAGAGCUGGAAAAUGGUUAGUUUAACCAGGGGUCAGCAAACUUUUUCGGCAGGGGGCCGGUCCACUGUCCCUUAGACCUUGUGGUGGGCCGGACUAUAUUUUCUUUUUUUGGGGGGGGAAUGAACGGAUUGCUAUGCCCCACAAAUAACCGAGAGAUGCAUUUUAAAUAAAAGGACACAUUCUGCUCAUGUAAAAACACGCUGAUUCCCGGACUGUCCACGGGCUGGAUUGAGAAGGCAAUUGGGCCGGAUCCAGCCCCCGGGUCUUAGUUUGCCUACCCGUGGUUUAACCUCUGGUUUGCUAGUAAAGCUGAAUUAUGCUGCUGCGAAAUGAUGCGUGUCUAAAAAGUGUGUCACCUACAAGAAAAGUUUGGACUGCCCUGGUCUGAGGGCAGUGCCAAGAUGGUCCAGUUGUCUGGUAUAAUAUAGGGGAGUUUCCUAUCUUCCUAUUUAAUCCAGCUCUUAAAUCCAGCCCCAUGAGGACCGGAAUCUUUCUUCUUAGGUCUAGGGGAAGGGCCUUAGCAGGUGCUUCCUCUCUCCCUUCUUUCUGCAGCGGCUCAUGGUCUUGGUUUGACUCCUGUAGCUGUCUGUAUAUUGCUGAGGACUGCAAUUCCAGCCUCCUGUAUAUUCCACUCUCAAAGUUUGGGUUUAAGAGCAUGUGGCCUGAGAUUUCCUCUGCUCCUGGUGAACCAGACGGUUUUGUGGUUCAUUUUUGGAUCUUUGCUCAAGAGAUUUCUUCAAAAGGAAAGGUCUUUGAUAGACCCUGGAAAAGCAGCAGAGAUGGCAUCCACCUGAGACGUAAAAAUAAGGCGUUCCAAAGGUUGGGUGCCGCCACACUAAAGGCCCCGUUCUGUAGGAAAGGUUCUGCGAGAGGCCAUCUCCUGCAGAACAGAGGGAUCAGUUGGGCAUAUAAUGAGUUAGAGGAUCUUUUAGGAUCCCUCCAGGCUGGUGGCAUGUUUUUGUGUGUGUGGAGUUGAGUUCUGUAGCAUGACGUUGAUGCAACGAGAGUGUAUUAAUAGCAGAUUUUUACUGGACCGUCCACACGUCGUUCCGCAAUAUUAGCUGUUCUGCGAUAACUACUCCAAUGUUGCCACAGUAUUGCCGUCUGAAGGGACACUCUUGGGCUAUAGUGUAACAAAAGAUAAACUGGAACUUGUGCAGCUAUGGAAAGUUGGACGAAAUUAUCCAGAAACUUUGGAGCAUGUGCCAGUGAGGAACUAAGUGUGUGCCCACCAUGAAAUCUUUGCAGGCACAGUGUCGAAAGUGUGACAGUCUAACCACCCCGUUAACGUCUUGUGCGCAAAUAAUUAUUUGUUUAUUUCAUAAAAAUUAUACACCUCUUGAUUGAACCCCCCCUCCCCCCCAACCUCAAAUUGGUUUACAAAAAGAUGAACAUUAAAGUCAGGGGGAAAACCUACAAUGCAUUGAAAUAUAAAAGCUGUUAAAAUGCUUUUGUGGGCAGGCUUGUAUAAACAAGAAUGUUUUCAGUAGACUCCAGAAAGAGUGCAGGUGACCUGAUCUCAAGAGGCAGGGAGUUCCAAAGUGCAGGUGCCGAUGGAAGUGGCCAACACUGAAACAGCUCAGUUUGUAGAGCACGAGACUCUUAAGGACAUGGGUUCGAAUCCUGCAGUGGGCAAAAUAUUCAUUGUAUUGCAGGGGGUUGGGCUGGAUGACCCUUGGGGUCCCUUCCGACUCUACAAUUCUAGCAUUCUAAGUCGAAUGCAUUAUGAAAGGCUGUCUGAAGGACCCCCUGGGUAUCCGGUUUCCUUGUCUUGGGGAAGGGGCUGCAGCUCAUUGACAGAGCCCCUGCUUUGCACCCAGAAACUCUCAGAUUCAGACCUGGGCAGCAUCUCUGGGUGGGGCUGGGAGAGACUUCUUUUCCUACAUCCUGGAGAGCCAUAGAAGAAGAAGAAGAAGAAGAGGAGGAGGAGUUUGGGUUUGAUAUCCCACUUUAUCACUACCCAGAGGAGUCUCAAAGCAGCUAACAUUCUCCUUUCCCUUCCUCCGCCACAACAAACACUCUGUGAGGUGAGUGGGGCUGAGAGACUUCAGAGAAGUGAGACUAGCCCAAGGUCACCCAGCAGCUGCAUGUGGAGGAGCGGAGAUGCGAACCCGGUUCCCCAGAUUACGAAUCUAGUGCUCUUAACCACUACACCACACUGCUGCCCGUCAGAGCAGACACUGCUGAGCUAGAUGGAGCAAUGGUUCCGGCUGGCAGAAGGCCACUUCCUAUGCUCCUUUGGGACCAGCCCCGACCAGGGUGAGGGCUACGGGGCACACGUGGGUGUCCUGUUGGGGACAUCCGGGCAGCCUCUGUGGAAAGCUGUGUGCCGGCCUCUCUGGGCCUUUCGUCUGAGCCAGCAGGGCUGAGUCCUGUUCCUACUGCAAACUGAGAUCCUCUUGGUCUUAAGGACAUCAGAAGACCCUCCUGGGCCUGGCCCAGGCGGGCCCACCGUGUCCAGCCUCCUGCUCUCCCAGUGGCCACCCAGAUGCCCCCAGGGCAAACCCACAGGCAGGAUUCGAACACGAGAGAUUCCCACAUCGCAGGGGGGCUAGACUAGAUGACCCUCGGGGAUCCCGGUUUUGUGGUUCUACGAGGAGCCUCGCUGCUUCCGACUGUGGAGGCAGAACAUCAGAUCAGGCCUGGCUGCAGGAUCAGGCCAGUGGCUCCUCUGGUCCAGCAUCCUGUCCUCAGAUGGCUACCCCAACGUCCUGAUGGGUAGCCCGCAAGCGGGACCCGAACCCGAAAUCCCUCUCGCCUCUUGUGGUUUCCAGCCACCGGCGUUCAGAAGCCUCGCUGCCUCCCCAUAGCCCUCUCCUCCUCUGGGAAUUGGUCUGAUCCUCUUUCAAAGGGGUUGGGGCCCCCUCCUGCUCUCCUGCAGGACGUCCAGUUCCCCCUGUCCCCUUCCUGAGCAGCUGGCGCUGAAAAGGUGUCCUUCCAAGGGAUUAAGCCCAACUCCAACCCUCUGCGUCCCCUUCCCUAUUGCCCAGAUUUGCGUCUCGCUCUCAGGGCCUCGCGCAAAGAGGGCGGCCGAUUAGCCGGGCAUUAGCCCUGGGCGCCUCUCGCCUCCUCGGUCAAUAGUGAUGCUCCCUGCAGAGCGAGGAAUAAAUAGACCGAUUUCGGGCAUCUUCCGCGACAGCUGGUUCUGCACGGCACUUUUUCGAUUUCUCUCGGGCACCUUGCCUCUCGUCGUUUCCAUUUAUUUGCUUCCUAGAAAUUCACACGCCGCUCGAUUGCUUAAAAACAAAGCCGCCCCUCCAGGCCGGUUAUGAAAAAGAGACAAUUAUCUAGGAGGAGAAGUAGCAACAAGCGUAACCGAAGGCUGUUGAAAUGUUAGGUGAAAACUCACAGCAGCUUUCUGAAUGUCUGGAUGGGCUUGUCUAAAUAAAAAAAUGUUUUCAGUAGGCACUGAAAGCAGUACAGGGAGGGUGCCGGCAUGAUGUCCAUAGGCAGGGAGUUCCAAAGGUCACCACUCUAAGAGAUUGAGUUAUUGCAAAUGCAUGCGUGUUAUUUAUGCAAUUCUUUGACCCAAACCUUUGCUGUAACUUGGUGCCAGGAUGGAUCUGUUAAAAAUGCAACAUUAAAAUACUUGGGAGUCCUUUGUCCAUUUCUAGGCACCCCAGUUUAAGAAGGACAUUGACAAGCUGGAAGGUGUGCAGAUGAGGGUGACCAAAAUGAUCAGGAAACCAAGCCUUGUGAGGAACGGUGGAAGUAGCUGGUCAAGAGAAGACUGAGAGGAGAUACGAUAGCCAUCUUCAAAUGUCUCGGUUGUUUUCUCCAGCUCCAGAGGGGAGGACUCAGAACAAUGGCUUCAAAUUGCAAGGAAGGCGACUCAACAUCAGAAGAACUUUCUAACAGGAAGAAUUGACCAAAGUGGAACGGAUUCCCUCUGAAAGACCCUUUUAAGCAGCACUUGGAUGGCCAUCUGUCAGGGGUACUUUAGCUGAAAUUCCUGCAUUGCAGGGGCUGGACUAGGUUACUUUGGGUAUCCCUUCUGACUCUAUGUUUCUUCAAUUUAUUGGAGGUUAUUAAAGAGAGCUCACUCCUUCAUGGAUCAUUGCCUUGUCGUGGCGAAGGGGCUUGAAUAACUCAGAGAAGCUAUGAACUAUGCCGUGCAGGGCCAUCCAAGAUGGACAAGUCAUGGUGGAGAGUUUUGACCAAACGUGAUCCACCUGGAGCAGGAACUGGCAAGCCACUCCAGUAUCCCUGCCAAGAAGACUCCAUGGACAAAAACAACAGAUGUAUGGAAGUGAGAGCUGGACCAUAAAAAAGGCUGAUCGCCAAAGCAUUGAUGCUUUUGAAUUAUGGUACUGGAGGAGACUCUUGAGAGUCCCAUGGACUGCAAGAAGAUCAAACCUCUCCAUUCUGAAGGAAAUCAGCCCUGAGUGCUCACUGGAAGGACAGAUCCUGAAGCUGAGGCUCCAAUACUUUGGCCACCUCAUGAGAAGAGAAGACUCCCUGGAAAAGACCCUGAUGUUGGGAAAGAUGGAUGACUAAACGACUAAACAACAACAAAGAGAGCUCGGAGGGCUACCUGUCAGGGAUUCUUCAGCUGAGAUUCCUGAAUUGUAGGGGGUUGGACUAGAUAGCCCUUGGGGUCCUUCCAAUUAUAGGAUUUUAAAAUCAUGUUUACACAUCAGGUUGCGGGAGUGGAAUUGGGAGCCGUUUUGUGGCCCAGGUGAGGGGGAUUCCUUCCUCCGACCCGACUCGGGAUGCACAUCAAAGGGAGCUCACAGGCCUCUCCUCCUCCUCCCUCCGCCCAUCCAUUUUUCCUUUUGCAGAUCACCUUCCUAUUUAUAGCUGUGCUGUGGUAACUGCUAAUGAACUUAUCUCAGAGCCAAAUCCCUCCGAGAGAGGGAAUUAUCUCCUUGCUACGCAGAUGGGCUCCUGUGUGUUGAUGUGGGGAUUCACCGGGGCUCCUGCGUCAUUAAGGUGGGAUUCUUUGGGACUAGUAACUUACAAAACAACCCUCGCUGGUCCGUGUCGGCGGCUGGUGUUGACCGAGAGAGACCCAGGCACAGUAAUAGCGCAGAUAUCUGUGGCCAAAGUGGAUUGAUUUACGCUGUGUUUAAAUAUGCAAAGUGCUUCUCCCCUAACCCCCAUUUAAGAUAUUAUUAUAUCAAUAUCUACCAAUCUGGUUUUUGUUUUGUUUUGUAUUUUGCGUCCUCAUUUUGUAUUUUUUAUGUUGUUAACUGCCCUUUGAUCCUACGAAAAUGUAGGUCAUAAUACAAAUGUAAUUAAUUAAUUAAUUAAUUAAUAAUAAUAAUAUAGCUCCCAUUUUGCAGAUGGGGAAAACUGAGAUGGAGAGGGAGUUGGCUGCUGUGUAGAGCUGGUGGCCUACACAAAGUCCCUGGGUAGGAACCCCCUUAUUUCUUGAUUAGAAGACUAGGACAUUGGAGACAGGGUUCAAAUCUCCACCUGACCUUGAAGCUCUCUGGGUGUGACCUUAGGCUGAGAGAGGCUCUGAGUGGCCCCAGCCCACCUCACAGGGUUGUUGUGAAGACAAAGCAGGGAAAGGUGUGUGUGGAAUGUCUGUCCCACCUCAAGCCCCUUGCAAGAAACCUGCUUUUAGUCUAUUGCUAUUUUAGCACUUGGAAUGUCUCGACUUAUUCUUGUUUCCCCCAAGGCAUUGCUAAUUUUAUCGCAUUAUCUUCCCCCCCUCCUUUUUGCAGACACGUGGUGUAUAAACGUUAAGAAGUAAAUAAGCCUGGGAUAUGAACGCCCUAGCAAAAAUAAUAACAUGAACGUCAAUAAAAUAAUUGCAUCUUUAAAAAAAUGCCUCUUUUGGCGCUCUCAACACCAGAAACACUUAAAAAAAUAAAUAAACUGCAAGCAGAGACGCUUUGGGAUGUCGGGUUCCUCGUCCUGACCUCAAGGGCUUGAAUGUGCAACUUGUAUCUGCCUGCGGCUUCCUAUCGCUUCCCGUCUUGCCACUCCGAGCGAGAGACCUUCCUUCAACUUCCUCUCCCUAACACCCUAAUCGCUGAUUCUCUGGGCGUGGGUGUCCUCGCCUUAUACCUGGCUUACCUCGACACUGCGGGGUUUUAAAAAUAGCCCCUGAGCUUAUCAGUUACCCGAGCAAAGCUUGUUAGGCAACAGGGCUUUGGGGAAAGGGGGGUUGGCCCGUUUUCCUCCUCUGGGGGUGGAAGAAGACGUGACGGCGUCCCACAGCGCUGUUUCCAUUACGCCGCAGUUUGCCUCCCUCCAAAAACGCCGACAUGAUUAGCCAUCCGCCGUGGCGAAAUCGCUUAACUUCUGCAAUGGAUCGAGGCAGCUUCCUUUGCAGAAUUAUGUCGUGAGUGACGUUUUCUCCCUGGUCCUUUCAGUGCAAAAGGAAGCUGGGUGUGUUUGUCAGCUGCGUAUUUCUUGCAGACUGAAAGUUGUAACAGUUGUGUCAACCCAUUGAUUCCUCCACUGCAACAGGUUGGGUAGAUGGCCCAAUUCUACCAAUUCUUCCAACUUUACAAUUCAAUAAUGAUAAUAAUAAUAAUAAUAAUAAUAAUAAUAAUAAUAUAUUAUUUAUACCCCACCUAUCUUUGUGGCUUAGGGCCCUCGUAUUUACGGGACCGGCUCUCCUGGUCUGCCCACAGAGGACCUUAAGGUCCAUGAACAACCAUAGUUUAGAGGUCCCGGGCCCUAAGGAAGUCAGACUAUCCUCCACCAGGGCCAGGGCCUUCUCAGUGAUGGCUCCGACCUGGUGGAAUGCUCUGUCCCAUGAGACCAGGGCCCUGCAGGAUUUAACCUCCUUCUGCAGGGCCUGUAAGACAGAGCGAUUCCGCCUGGCCUUUAAUUUGAAUUCAGCCUGAUCUUUUAUUCCCCUUCCUUCCCUCCCUCUCCCCUUUUUAUGAAGAUUUCCCGCUCUGGGAUCCCACAGCUAAUUCUCCCCUGGUCUCCUCGCUGGCCCAAGUAGGACUAAUUUAGCCAGCUAGCUCUGGUGAUCAUCUAAUGUUUAUUGGAUGGAUUUUCCCUCUAAAUUGAUUUUUGAAUUCUGAAUUUAUUGUUAUUCACUUUUUAUACUGUAUUUUAUGCUGCUUUUUUGUUGCAUCAAUUAAGUGUUUUAAAUUUGUUGUUAGCCGCCCUGAGCCCGGUUUUCUGAACUGGGAAGGGCAGGGUAUAAAUAAAAAUUUAUUAUUAUUAUUAUCUGGCUGGGUUUCCCCAGCUGCUCUGGGCGGCUCCCAACAGAAUAUUAAAUAUAUUACUCCUGUCUAUGUUUUGUGUACUGCUUGAUUGUAGAAAACCUCACCUCAGGCUCCUCUUAUCUCACUAGAUUAUCUAAGAUGUAACUUAUUUCAAAGAGCGGUGGUUUUCCUGUGACCUUUUUGACUCUCUUGAGUUUCGCAUUCGGGGCUCGUUGCUUUUGCAUAACGAGCGUCUCUUCCUGCACGUUGCGCAGAGCUGCUCGCCUGCGUGUUGCCCGGAAGCCUCCGGCCUCUCUCAGCAUGUUAAGAAAGAACAUACCGGCGGCAUUCGCACCCGGCGUUUUCCCAGUGUGCCCCUGUUCAGCAGCCGCUAAGUGUCGCCAAAUCUGCCAGUUCCCCCAUUUUUCAAAUCUUAAAUUCGGCUCCCCGCGUUUCCACAUCCGGUUGUGACUUUUUUCCCUUAAAAGAAAUCCUCAAGAAAAAUCUGCAACAUUUGGUGUGAAUUUCUUGAAUUUUUCUACACAAUUUUACGAUUACGAUAUCUUUAUUGUCAUUGUCCCAUGCAGAACAAUGAAAUUGAAAACUACAUAAAACUACAUAAAAACUACAGAAAACUACCAGAAAACUACAUAAAACUACAUAAAAUCACAUUACGUGAUAUUGUGUGUGGGGGUUUUUUGUGUGUGUUUGUGUAUUUGCAAAGUGGUAUUCCCGGAUAGGGGACACGGGUGGCACUGUGGUUUAAACCACUGAGCCUAGGAGUUGCCGAUCAGAAGGUCGGCAGUUCAAAUCCCCACAACGGGGUGAGCUCCCGUUGCUCGGUCCCUGCUCCUGCCAACCUAGCAGUUCAAAAGCACGUCCAAGUGCAAGUAGAUAAAUAGGUACCACUCCGGUGGGAAGGUAAACGGUGUUUCCGUGCGCUGCUCUGGUUCGCCAGAAGCGGCUUAGUCAUGCUGGCCGCAUGAGCUGGAAGCUGUAUACCGGCUCCCUCGGCCAGUAAAGCGAGAUGAGCGCCGCAACCCCAGAGUCAUCCACGACUGGACCUAAUGGUCAGGGGUCCCUUUACCUUUACCUAUUCCCUGAUAGACUGUUUAGGGAAGCUUUUAAUAUCUGAAGUACUAUUGUAUUUUAAUAUUUUGUUGGAAGCCACCCAGAGUGGCUGGGGAAACCCAGCCAGAUGGGCAGGAUAUAAAUAUUAUUAUUAUUAUUAUUGUUGUUGUUGUUGUUAUACUGCAUUUUUAUCUGUCCUUUUCACUUAAGGUAUAUGUUCCUUUUUGAUGUACUGUUUACUGUAGCAUAUGUAUUUUUGUACAAGUUCCCUGUCUGGAGAUUUGCAUUGCAAAAGUCAAAGAAGAUCAGAUUUUGGAGGACAGCUACACUCUCAGCGCUUGCCUUGUUUAUUUAUUGUGCAUUUAUUCGCAUCUCUCUCCCACCUUUUCUUUCGAGAAGCUCAAUGUGACUUACACGGUUCCCCCUCCUCACUUAACCCCCACAACACCCCUGUGAGGCAGGCUAGGCUGAGAGAGGCAGUUUCUGACCCCCAAGGUCUCACCUGGUCUUUGCUUCAUGGGCCAAGGGGGUGAUUCGCACUCUGGUCUCUCCCAGCCCCUAGUCCUCAUUUAAUCCCCCCAACAUCCCUGUGAGGUAGGUGAGGCUGAGAGGCAGGGAUGGGCCCAAGUUCACAUGCAGUGAGCUUCGUGUGUGUGUGUGAAUUUGAACCCUGAUCUCUCCCAGUUCAGAGUCUGAUGCUGUAACCACUCCAAUACCGCUGCCUCUCAGAAACGGCAAACCAGGUAGGGUUGUUUUUAAAUGCAAGCAGAAUUGACUUCCUUUCUCCUCCUGACACAUUAUUUUGUUGGGUUGCCCACAAGGUGCGUUUGAUUUAAAUCAAAUUGAUUUAAAUCACUAGUCAGUAAGACCUGAUUUAAAUCAUUUUUUUUUUUUUACAGAAAGACUCAUUCUUGCUGGUAUAAUCUUAAUAUUUCCAACCAGAGGAAAGUUUCAUUUUUGGAAUAAUAAAUUUUCAGGGUAGUUUUUACUGUUAUAUCAAAAAUUACUGAUUUGGUUAUAGUAUUAGAAAUACAUAGAUAAUUAUGAAAUAAUUGAGAGGUUUAAUAAGGUAACUGUUUAUAUUUGGACAACUUUUCUGCUGUACUUUAUUGGAAGGAGAAAAACAAUCAUUUCCUUAAUAACAAUUUAAACAAUUUAUUCAACUUAAAGAAUAACAUUAUAGCAUAUGUAUCCAUGUUUGUUAACUGAUGUGGUUAAAUGUUUUUUUUUUUGUUUAAAAAACUUUAACCGAGUUUUAGCACACAUGAAAAACUUAAAACAAAUCCUUAUUUCCUGAUGAAUAGCCUUUGGACUACAAUGUAACUUAAAUAGAAAACUAUCUUUAGUAAGAUAUUUCCUCCAAAAGCAUUUUAUUUAAAAAAUCCAAUUUAAAUUUUUUUUAAAAAUCCAAUUUAAAUAUAUAUAUUUUUUGAUUUAAAUAAAAAAAAUCCAAUUUUUAUUUUUUUUUUAAAAAAAGAAUCAUUGAUUUUUAUCCACCCUGGUUGCCCGUCUUUCUCAUUGACAGCCUUGUGGGCACUCAUCUUAGGGGGGGCCCGGUGAUGGGUGCCAAGGCCCGAUGGCCCCCUCUCGCUGCAAUUCUCGUGUUGGCAGGGGUUGGACUAGAUGACCGCUGGGGAUCCCUUCUGUGAUUCAAGAGCCUUGGAGCAGAGGGGCUGUGGGAAAGGGAGGAUGAGCAAGCUGGCGGGAGCCCCUUUUGCUCCACCCUGGGGACUGGACCGCUCUAUCUCCCUCCCACCCCAGAUGAGCCAUGGCCACACCACCUCCAUGGCAACCGUUGCUGAGGGGAGAUGGCCGUUGCCAUGGUGCUGGGAGGGAGGGAGCAGAGUGGGCAACUCUGACUGGCCUGUGCCAUUAACCGGGGCAGGAUUCGCCAACCUGGUGCCCCCACCGUGAGGUUUUACAGGAACAUGCGAGAUCGUGCAAGGAUUUCACCCGUCUCAGUAUUGUCUGCACUGACAGGCAGCAGCGGCUCCCCAGGGGUUUCGCCAGGGAAUAUUUCUCAGCCCUACCUGGAGAUGCUGCUGACGGGGAUGGAACCUGGGCCUUCUGCAUGCCAAGCAGCCGCUGAUCUACGUGCCACCCUUAAAAGAGAGGGGCUAGUCCUCGUGGUUCUCACUAAAGGGAUGCUUUGAAUUAGCAACAGAGGAAGCAGCCGUCUACCGAGUCAAAGCAUUAGCACAUCCAGCCCAGUGUUGUCUACACUGACUGGCAGCAGCACCCUUCUAGUGUCUCUCCCAGAACUUCCUCUAAAAAGAGAAUAAGUUUCCAGCCCUCAUGGUUCUGAACUAGAGGCUGGUUUAAGCAGGGGCAGAGGAAACUGGCUUAAUCCCACGGCAGACCAUUUGUGCACCUAGUUCAGUAUUGUCUGCACUGGCUGGCAGCAGCAGCAACACCUCCAGGGUUUUGGGCAGCAGAUCUUGCCAGCCAGCUUACUCACCAAGAGGGGAAGGAAUCUGCACGGCUGUUUCCCACUGAGUUUCAAUGACUAUUUGCAGAUAAUCUAGAAGGCCAAUUAUUUUUAAAUAUAUCUACAUUGGUAUCCUCAAAAAUAUUCAGGAACAUUAAUUUUGGACAGUGUGUGUGUGUGUGUGUGUGUGUGUGUGUAUUUAAAUUUUCUGCUUCAUAAUUUAAAAUACUCAUUUUACACCCUUCAGAUAUCAAUGACUUCCCUUCUCGUUUUCCAUGGAUCAUUUUACAUAUCAUAUAUCCCUGCAUAUUUUACAAAAAAACUAUACUAUUCAGUAUUCCAUUAUGACAUCCAUCAAAGCUUAUUUGCACUGUUGAAUUUAUCUUAAUGCUGCCAGCGUUUUCAGCUGUACACUGUUAUUUCCCAUAUGAAACGUUUUUCUGUCUUCUUUAAACGUAUGUUUGUGCACAACUUGUUUCUUUUGUAAUAUUCAUCCUUUCUGUCAAGAUUAAAUUUAAAAAACCUUGCCCAAUUUACAUUGCCACCAUAAAUGAUAACACGCUGAGUUUAUCACAACCCCUCCAACAAUGGGGAGAUAUGGAAAGAAGCAUUUCUGACACCUGGAAAUGAGGAGGAUGUCUUCCUUGUGCAUUAUUUUUCCUAAGGAAACUAGAUACAGAUUUCAAGGGUUGGAAUUCCUAUAUUUCAUUCCAACCUCCAGGAAAAAAUUGUGUGCCGGUAUCUGUUUCCUAUGAUGCGGGUGGCGCUGUGGGUUAAACCACAAGGCCUAGGACUUGCUGAUCAGAAGGUCAGCGGUUCGAAUCCCUGUAACGGGGUGAGCUCCUGUUGCUCGGUCCCUGCUCCUGCCCACCUAGCAGUUCGAAAGCACCUCAAAGUGCAAGUAGAUAAAUAGGUACCGCUCCGGCGGGAAGGUAAACGGCGUUUCCGUGCGCUGCUCUGGUUCGCCAGAAGCGGCUCAGUCAUGCUGGCCACAUGACCCGCAAGCUGUACGCCAGCUCCCUCGGCCAGUAAAGCGAGAUGAGCGCCACAACCCCAGAGUCGGUCACGACUGGACCUAAUGGUCAGGGGUCCCUUUACCUUUCAUCUGUUUCCUAUAUCCUUUUAAGGGGUUCCAUAAUAUCUGCAAGUUAUAUUAACUUUGGGCCCCUGCGGCUUGAUGGAGGUAGAAACUGUCUCUCCUGCCUUGUUACGCUGCCGUUUCUACGGGGAUAUACGCUCGGUAUUUAUUACCCCUGCUAUGCAAAAAUCUCCAAAUGAAUCUGAACUUCAAUGUCUAAAAUCCCUGGUAGAGGACAAGGAUCCUGAGAUCAUGUUGAGGGUAGCCAAAUUCUGUGCGAUUGCCAUAAAACUUAGGGAACAAGCUGUGCUAUCAUAAUGAUUAAGGCCUUAAAUGAUAAUUUUAGGUUAUAUAUUAGUGACUAAGUUUUAAUUUAUAUAUAUUUUUAAACUUGCUACAUGUGUAUUGUCUAUGUUAUACCGAAUUGCAAAUUCAAAUGUAUCCCUAUCGUGUUUUGUGACUUCCUUGAAAUUGUAUGUGGGCUGGAACUGGUCUGUGACCGAAAUAAUAAAAUUCAUUCAUUCAUAACUUUGGCUGAUUGACAUCCAAUGCCCUUUUUAAAAUGUGUUGUAGAAGGGGAGGAUUAUUGGGUUGUUCUUGUUUUUAUUAUGUAUUGUGUGAUUUUAUAUUGUGAUUUUUAACGAUUGACGCUUUAUUAUGUUUUUAUAUUCUGCUGGAAGAUGCUCAGAGUGGCUGAGGAAACCCAGCCAGAUGGGCGGGGUGUAAAUAAUGCAAAUUUAUACUUUAUAUUAUUUUAUAUUUUCUGAUCUGCCCCAAGACCUGUGGGGACAAGGCAGAAUACAUGUGCAAUAAAUAGAUAAAUAAUAAAUAAUAACAAUCAAUUGUGCAGAGUACCAUCUGGGGCGCUUGGGCUGCCUCCUUGAAAUACCCUCGCGCAGCCGCCCCCUCGCAGCUGACCGCACCCUGCUGUUUCGCUGCAUCCGAUCCGGCCAAUCUGGGAUCUGCCCAGAUGGUCCAUUUGCCGAUGAGGGCGGCUAACUUCAUUAGCCGUCCGGAAUUAGAAUCCUUUUAGGGCGCGGGGGCCGGGGUGGGCGGCCGCUCUGACAGGCUUAGGGCGAGUGAGUGCCGCGGCCUCUGGGCAGAAGGCAAGAGGGGAGCUACUCUCUGUUAGCAGCAAUAACAAUAAAAAGGCAAAAUACUAUUAUUGAUUUAUUGCUGUAACGUCACAGAGCACAGGUUGCAACUUUAAAACACAAUACCCAAAACAAUUUGAAAGCACUUGCCUUGUUUACCUAUGAGAUUGACUUGAGCCCAUUUGAUCACUCUGAUCGGGGAAGUUGGCGCUGCCAGGUCACACCCGUUCUGCCCUUGUAAGAACUCGGCUGCUUAGCGUGGCAGCGUUUGCACCUGGGAACGCCCUGCCUCUUGAUAUCAAGCACCUGCUAAGAACAAUUUUGUUCGGGCAAACCUGCCCAUAUGCUUAGGAAGUUAGGGUAAUUCUAACCUGUUUGAGUAUUUUACCUUUUGUAUGCUUUGAAGUAGGCUUGCAAAUCUUUCUUGGUUUUCUUAUUUUGUCAUCUUGUAAACCACUCUGACGUUUUUGACAUCAACUGGUAAUAAUUUUAUUAAAUAAAAAAUAAAUGCUACCUUCUUCAGACUCUGCUUGGAGUCCUGGGGUAAGUCCAGUUCUGGGCACCCCAAUUUAAAAAGGAUGUUGACAAGCUGGAAGGUGGGCAGAGCGACCAGGAUGAGCAAGGACAUAGAAACCAAGCCUUAUGAGGAGCGGUUGAGGGAGUUGGGUAUGUUUAGCCUGGAUAAGAGGAGAUUGAGAGGAGAAAGGAUAGCCAUUUUCAAAUAUCUUCAGGAUAUUCAAAUCUCUCACAUAGAAGAUGUAGCAACCUUGUUUUCUCCUCUGAAGGGUAGGACUUGAACCCGUGGCUCCAAGUUCCAAGAAAGGAGAUUCCGACUCAACAUCAGGAAGAACUUUCUGACAAUAAGAGCUGUUCAACGGUGGAACAGCCUCCCUUCAGAAGGUGGUGGACUCUCCAUCCUUGGAGGUUUUUAAGCAGAGAUUGGAUGGUCACCUGUCCUGGACACUUUAGCUGAGAUUCCUGCAUUGCAGCGGGUUGAACUAGAUGACCCUGGGGUCCCUUCGAACUCUACAACUCUAUGAUAAAUUGUGCCACUAACUCACAUGAGUUUUUAAAGCCCUGAAGAAUUCAGGCCCCACAUAGAGGGAGGGCCGCCUCCUUCCCCACAGUCCCCAUUGAGUAUUGAGAUCGGCAGGCGGUGCCUUCCUGGUAGUUUCUCCCCCUGCAGAUUCUCAGCGGCUGAGGGAAAGAGGGCCUUCUCUGUGGUGGCCCCUAAGCUAGGCAACUCUCACCCCAAAGAGGUGCACCAUGCUGAAUGCCUUUCUACUCAGGCUCGCAACAUUCAGGGUACGUAUUUUAGGACCGACUUGAUUUUUGUGAUUGUAAACUCAUGGAAACAGAGAACUAUUGGAAGGGACCCUGAGGGUCAUCCAGCCCAACCCGCUGCUGCAAUGCAGGAAUCUCAGCUGAAGCAUCCUGGACAGAUGACUGAGGAUGGAGAGUCCACAACUUCCAGAGAGAGUCUGUUCCACCGUCAAACAGCUCUUGCUGUAGGUUCUUCCUGAUGUUGAGUCAGACAAAAAACAAAAAAACAGCUUAAAAUACAGUAUAAAACAUGAAUAACAAUAAAUUCAGAAUUCAAAAAUCAAUUUAGGAGGAAAUCCAUCCAAUAAACAUUAGGUGAUCACCAGGGCUAGCUGGCUAAAUUAGUCCUAUUUGCGCCAGCGAGGAGAACAGGGGAGAAUUAGCUGUGGGAUCCCAGAGCGGGUAAUCUUCAUAAAAAGGGGAGAAGGAGGGAAGGAAGGGGAAUAAAAGAUACUAGACUUCUGUGGAUGCAGCUUAGAAUUGGCUUUUCUUGCCGCUGCAUCUCGCGUCGAAUCUGACUAUGUACUAACAUGAACUUACUGGAUUCUGAUCCAUAAUUGACUUCUGACUUGCUCAAUGAUUGAAACGAAUUAUUGUGUUAUACAUAUCUUUAUGAGUUUGAGUUUGUAAUCUCUGUUAGAGUUUGUAAUCUCUAUUUGAGUUUGUAAUGCUUGUCAGAAUACAUACUUUUGAAUGGAUCAGUUUUUGUUAAAAUUGACUAUUGAUUUGUGAGUAGGGACCACUCCCACUAUGGAAACGAACAUUGGCCUUGGUGUGCUUUUUUCUUGGUAUAUUUAAUAACAAGAACUCCAACUUAUUUAACGCAUCUCACUGUUGGCACAGAUUUCCCGGGGUUCCCUGGGAGAGCGCCUCUCUGUCGGGGAGGAGCGGGGGCCCAGAUCCGCCUCCUCUAUUUAGGUGUAUUGGGCUUAGCGGCUGCAAAGGAGCUUAUCCUUUUUGUUCUGUCAGAGGGCAAAGCCUCUUAGGGUUGGCAAGGCUGCAGCCGCAGGGGCACCACAUGCCGGCCUGGGAGAGGGAGGAGGCAGAAGGGAGAGGCUUUGCGAAGGAGGAGCUGGCCUUUCCUCGUGAGGGUGAGAGGCAAAGCACCAUGCUUCCUUUGAUACAAAAAUAAAAUAAAACAAAAAUCCUGCGUUAAAGAAUUUAAAAUUUGACGGCGGUUGUUGCCGCUUCAGGACUCUGACAAAAUAAUAAUAAUAAUUUAGAAGCUGCCAUAAAGCAGUUCUAGCAAUAAAUUAGCUGGAUUCUGCAACCUGUGUGGGAAAUUUGAACGCUUUUUAUUCUGCUUGCGGAAUAGGGACAGGAGGAAAGGAUUGUAUUAUUAGUUUUUUAACAUAUGAUUUUCAACGAUCAUUAAACAUACUUUUAUAUCGUAUACAUUUUUUUUUUACUUCCAUCAAUCACAUCUGAAAAUUUUCCAAUCUUUCCCACUUAAUUUACAUUUCUUACUUUCACUAUUACAUUUAAGUAUCAUAACUAAUGUCUCUCUGCUUUCUCUUCUUUGCAGUGUUUCAUAUAUUCCUCCUUACAAAACUUCUUGUAGUCCUACUAGCGUAAUUUGUUGAUUGCAGUUGCUCUUCAAAUAGUUAGGAGGAAAGAAUUGUAUUCACCUUCCUCCUCUGGUUACAAGCAGAUGGCGUUGGCUGCAUGUUUCCGGUGUCUGCUUCCAGUCAUAAGGUCUAGAAACUUGCUUUGAAAUUCAGUUUUUGCAGGAUUAUGGUGUACGCACAGCCACAACACCAAGCCUGUUUCCACCUGUUGAUGUGGAUUUAGGUUGAGUUCAGUCGCAGGCCUAUUCUCUGCAUAGACCCCACAGCAAGAGGAAUGAGAGAUGGGCGAAUCUGGCAAUUCUGAUGUCUCUCAUUUUCUCAUUUCUCACUCAGCUCACCCCAUUUCAGCAUCGUAGAAUGGUAAGAGGUGGAAGGGACCCCCGAAGGUCAUCCAUUCCAACCCCCUGCAAUGCAGGAAUUGCAAACAAAGCAUCUAUCAAUUUGCAAUUACUAUUAUUUGUUUAAGUCCCUUGUGGGAAUUCAUCAGCAACAUACAUUUUUCCUACUGUACUCAAUUUAUACAUGCACUUUUUAAAAACAAAUCAGUGAAAUCUGACCUGCACCAAAUUUCUCCCCCCCCCCAUGAAAAGAAAAGCGGAGCAGCUUUCGAACCCUGCACCUGCCUAUGGGGCAGGCCUGAACCCUUUGGCCCACCUGCCCUCCUAACUGUGACGACCCUUCUCUCCCGCAGACUACCUCUGCACCCCGGAGGAGAACGUCUACAAGAUAGAUUUCACCCGGUUCAAAAUCCGAGACAUGGAGUCGGGCACGGUGCUGUUUGAAAUCACCAAGCCGCCGGCUUCAGGUAAGUUCCUGGUCCUCAUUAUUCUGAUGGAAGGGACUGCUUUGAACAGGAAGCUGCCUUACAACCGAAGCUGACCAUUGGUCCAUCUGCCUCAGUAUUGUCUGCACUGGCCGGCAGCAGCUCUCCAGGGAUUCAGGCAGACAGGCUUUCCCCCCAGACUUACCUUGAGAUGCCCCUGGGGUUUAAACCUGGGGCCUUCUGCAUGCAAAGCUGUUGCAAGGCUCUAGUCCUCAUGGUCCUGCUUUAAACAGGAGCCUCGUACUGUGUCUGCUCAGUGGCAAGGGGUCUACAGAGUUUCUGGCUGGAUGUCAUUCCCAACCCUACCAGGGAUCGAGCUUGGGACCUUCUGCAUGCCAAGCAGGGGCUCUUCCUCUGAACCACACCCCUUCCCAGAGGUCUGGAUGCUUUCUCGCUUUGUCACAGAUUUCUAGCAUUUUGUUUUAGUGCUUUUUGCUGUUGUUAAACCAUGGAACUCCCUGCCACAGGAGACAGGAUCCCCUUGAAGAGCCCUCUGGUGUGAGACCCUUAGAUACAUCAGAGAAGGAUCAGCACCCGCCUUGUCUUCAAGAAUGGCGGUACCAAAAGAUCCAGGUUCGGAACACGGGUCUGUGGUCUCCGGUCUCCGAGCCACUGUGUUCCUAAGGAUUCAGGGGGUUUCCUCAUGAGGAAGCAAUCCCUGGAUCUCCUUCACAGCCGCCAUUGGUGGUCCAGGUGUGGUUUAGGAGGACAGCGUAUCUAAGGCAGCAGUUCUCCACCUGUGGGUCCCCAGAUGUUGUUGGACUACAACUCCCAUCAUCCCUGAGUUCCGGCCUUGCUAGCUAGGGGUGAUGGGAGUUGUAGUUCAACAACAUCUGGGGACCCACAGGUUGAGAAAGGCUGUGAUGGACCCCCUUGGCUUGGUCCAGCCAGACUCUCCCCUCCAUCUCCUCCGAGAACUCCUCCUUAGAGAACUCGCUUUUGCUUUCAAGAGUCAAGUUCCUCGUCUUCAUGAUUCUGUGGGAGGGAACAGGGUGCUGGACUAGACAGGCCGGCAGGCUCUUCUUGCAUUGGGAUACCUGCCCUGUAGCUUUCAUUUUCUCUCUCUUCUCCUUCCAGAGCGAGAGCACAGUGACAAGAAGGACGUCGACCCCAACGCCGGGCGCUUUGUGCGCUACCAAUUCACACCGGCGUUUCUGCGGCUGCGUCAGGUUGGGGCCACGUAAGUGACCUGGCAAGGCCUUCGCUUGGAUGCAGAAACCUUCCCUCUUCCAUGUCUGUUUGAAUAAAAGCACCUUAUAGUCCAGGCAGGGGCAGCCUCCAGCUCAGGGUCCAAAUGCUGCCUGGAGCUGAUGGAAAUUAUAGUCUGCAACAUCUGGAUGGCACCCGGCUGGGGAAGGCUGGUCCACACAGGCUGGCAGCAGCUCUCUUAGCAUUUCAGACCAGGGAUAUGCCCAGCCCUAAUGGGAGAUGCCACCUGGGGCCUUCUGCAUGCCAAGCAGGUGUUCUGUACCCAUGAACUGUGCCAGGGGCUCUGCCACUUCGCGAAAGCCCUUCUCUGAAAGAUCAAUAUUCUAGUCCUCAUGGUUCUGAGUUCAGAGCUGGUUUAAGGGUCGCAGGAAGUUGCCUUAGACUGAGUCAGACCAUUGGUCUGCCUAGCUCAGUGAUGCCUACACUGACUGGCAGCCACUCUCCAGGGUUUCAGGCAAGAGUCUUGCUCUGCCCAACAUUGGGGAAUGAACCCGGGGCCUUCUGCAAGCAAGACAGCUGCUCUGCCACUGAGCUGUGUACUUCCCCUCUCUUUGAGAGUAAAAAAAAGUGACUCCUCGCUGAGAAAUUGUCUCCCACUUUUUCACAGAAUCAUAUAAUUGUUGAAAGGGGCCCUUAAGGUUUCAUCUAGUCCACCCCGCUUCAGGGCAGGAAUCGCAGUCUGCUAACGUUCUGUUCUGAUAGUUUUAUGACAUCCGCUGUUUUGAAAAGUCUGCCUUCCGCCGCUACGUUCUGCAGGGACCUCAGCUUUCUCUUCCCCCCUCUCAGGGUGGAGUUCACCGUGGGCGACAAGCCCAUCAAUAACUUCCGCAUGAUUGAGAGGCAUUACUUCCGGGACCAGCUGCUGAAGAGCUUCGAUUUCGAGUUCGGCUUCUGCAUCCCCAGCAGCAAGAACACCUGCGAGCACAUCUACGAGUUCCCCCAGCUCUCCGAAGACCUCAGUAAGCGGCUGCCAACGGGGGGGGGGGAGGGGGGACAGUAGGGCAGCAGGGGCCGGGGGGGGGGGCCGACCUCCGGAAGUUGUUGGACCCCACCUCCCAGCAGGCAUUGCUUGGGAAUGCUAAAAACUCACAAAGACCAGCCCGGGUACGAAAGCUUCCUUCCGCCAUCUUGAUUCAAAAUGUCAUCUGAUUGUACCAACCUGCUCCAUUUUGGGCAAGGUCACUAUUGGCAAAUCAUUUUAUCCAUCUGUAUUAUUAUUCUUAUUCUUAUUCUUAUUAAUAAUAAUAAUAAUAUCCCACCUUUUGCCCAAGGCUUCUGCCAAUUAAAACAACAGCGACGCAAAAAGCUAAAAGCAUACAGAAUCAUUAAUCAAACUCUAACAGAAAUGAAACAAUAUACAAAACUGAUUUAUUAAAAUAUGGGUAAUAUAAGCAGCACAGGGCUGUUUAAAAGCCCUUUCCUUAAAAAAACAAACCACAACAACAACAACAACAGCCAGUCAGUCCCCAAAAGCCUGUUGGAAUAGAGCGAUCUUCUCCUGCUGGCAAAAGAAGCGGGGAAUCUGGUUUCUCCAGUGGGCCUGUGAGGGUGGUGGGACCUAGGGAAGAGACUCCCCCUGGGCUGGGCAUCUUUGUUUGGGGCGUUGCAGUCCACCCUAUAGCCAGGCUGUCGGCUGUGAGCCUCUUUCUUUCCCCUUCCUCCUUUGCAGUUCAGGAGAUGAUCCUGCACCCCUACGAGACCCAGUCAGACAGUUUCUACUUUGUGGAUAGCAAGCUGGUCAUGCACAACAAAGCGGAUUAUUCCUACAGCGGGGGACCCUGA